AUGCCGAUCAUCAAAAUGAAAGUAAUGGAUAUGUUUUCAUCAUUUUUCAAUCAUCGCACUGAUCGAUGGAGCUUAACAGUAAUUGUACUCGAUAUUAUUAAAGUAUUAAAACCAUUUGAACUAGCCCUCUGGUUUGCAUUGACUAUUAUUUCAAUGACAGUAACUACUUACAUGAAUGUUUCGUUUUUCUCGACUAUUACCAUGCAUGGAGCUAUUGGUAUAAAGUUUCUUUUGCUCCUUUUGAUAUUUGAGAAUAUUACAUCGUACUGCAGAUUAAAGCAAAGUCUCGCCAAAAAGACAUUCGUUCUCGACUUCAUCAAACAUUUUCAAACAACAAUGAAUCAACGAAUACUAAGUGCCAAUUGGAUUGUGAUAAAGGUGUCAGAUCAAGUGGAAAUUAGACGUAAAAUCGAAGAAGCAUCGACAUCUAUACAAGCUCUAAUCGAAGAUUGCAUUGAUAAAGUUACGGAAGUGUCGAAAUUUUUGAUGGCUAUAAUCACAAUUCUCUACAUAUGUCCAUUGGCAGCCAUAUUCAUCGGUAUUGCUUAUGCAAGCUUUUACCGAUUGUAUUUGUACAAGAAAAGCAACGAAUUAUUAGCAAUUAAACUAAAAAUGAUUGAUAGGUACGAUAAAUUGAGCGGAAAAUAUUCGCGAGCAAACGAGAAUAUGUUCGAGUAUGUUAUUCAUCAUGAGAAAAACAAAAUUAUUGACAUCACAAAUGAAUUAAAAAUUGAUAUGGAACGACAGUGGUUCACAUUAGAUUAUCUGUACGAUAAUUUGUCAUUCAACGAAAAUAUUCUGGGUAAAAUGUGUACCUUUUUAACAAUUAUAAUUCAUCUAAUGACUAUGGGAACAAGUGGCCUCAUCAUACCGUUGUAUCAUUAUUUGUCAUCAUUGAUCGAUAGUAUUCAGGAAAUAGUAGUGUUCUACAUUCGAUGUUUGAGAUUGAUCAAGGACUAUGACGUCGUUAAACCAAUAUUAGAACAAUAUGAGGAGAGAAUUAAUGCUGAACAGUACGUUGUUAACAGUGAACUACAAAUUCAAGAUUUACAAUUUAAAUACAAGGGAACAAGAGAAGCAUUUAUACUUCAACUCGAUGGUACAUUAACAUUCAAACAUGGCGAAGUAAUUUUAAUAACGGGGAAAAGUGGAGCAGGAAAGUCAACAUUCUAUGAUAUUUUAAGCGGUUCAAUACCAAUGAGUUCUUACGAAUGUUCUGUACAUGUUGAUGGAAGUAAAAUGAUCUCAAACUUUCAUAAUGUUGAAUAUUGUCGAACAAUGGUGUUGCAAGAUACAGAUAUGGACUAUCGAUCAACCAUCUACAGCAUGAUAACAGAUAUUGAUGAUGAUGACGUUCCAUUGAAAAAGACUUCUCAGUUAGACAAUCUUGUUUGGGAGUUUCUUCAAUUAGUUAAAAUUGAUGACUUCAUUCGUGAAGAACUGAACUGUGAUCUUGAUCAACCGAUGGAGAAUAAACUAAGUGGUGGACAGAAGACUCGAUUAUUAUUAGCAAGAGCACUGUUUCGCGCUCACCAUCGGCAGAGUUCGUUGUUGAUCCUAGACGAACCGGAUAAAGGAUUACCCGCCGAGACAACUGUGGGUAUUAUCGAAAAUAUUAUGAAAUGGUACAAACCAAGAGGCGUUCUCUUAUUGACAUUACACACUGAACAAGCACAUAACCUCAAUUUUGAUCAAAUAUUACAUGUAGAGAACGGAAAAAUUAUGAAAGUAAAAUGA